UCACUUUUUAAUUUUGUUGUUCCAAAAAGUUCCCUAGUUGAGACUUGGGCUACUUCACCUUGAUUAACCUUUGUCUUUGUGUUCAUUGUUACUUUGCGCGUUAUUAAAAGCAACAUCGUUGCAGUUCACAUUACACGGGGAGGCCAGAUGCAAAUUUUGAAGAGAGAGAAGCUAAGAUUCUAGAGAGAGAAGUUGCAUUGCUUUGCUUCCCGCGUUUGUGCAUUAAUUUUCUUAUGCGUGCAAGUCAUUCACACACCACAAAGCUCCCACAUUUGUUGAUAAAUAGAAGCUCUAAUUGUCUUCAAGAUCUUGCAUUCCCCACCUUUAGCCUCACUCAAGUUCUUUCCCUUUUUUUAGAAAGAGAUUCAAAGGGUGAAACCAUCAUCGGUUGUUAGAUCAAGCUAUUUAUUCUCUUAAUCACUGUCUGGGACCUCUUAUCUUCUUCAAUCACUUUCAAAGAUCAUUUGAAUUGAAGAAAUGGGGGGCCAUAUGAGCAAGAAGACCCCUGAAACAUCAUCUGGUAUUAACAUCAAUGCUGAUAUGGCAACUGAAUUGAGGUCAUAUGAGGCUGCCUGCAAGCUUGACUCUGAUUUGCAGUCCUUUAAUACCACCAUUCAAGCUCGAGCAAAUCAAGUCAUUAAUACUCUUGCUGUUGGAGUUGAGGUUCGAUCCCUUUCGUUUGAGUCUCUCAAACAAGUCACAGAAUGCCUUCUCGAGAUGAAUCAGGAAGUUGUCAAGGUGAUCUUAGACUGUAAGAAAGAUAUAUGGAAGAACCCAGAACUGUUUGAGCUUGUUGAGGAAUACUUUGAUAAUAGCCUGCAGACUCUAGAUUUCUGUACUGCAUUAGAGAAGUGCCUGAAGCGAGCUAGGGAUAACCAAUUGCUUAUUCUCAUGGCCCUUCAGCAGUUUGAAGAGGAAACCAGCUUGGGAGAGACACGCUAUACGAGGACAUUACAGGAACUGAAGAAUUUCAAGGCAGCUGGUGACCCUUUCACUGAAGAAUUCUUCCAAAUGUAUCAAUCUGUUUACAAUCAACAGAUACUCAUGCUUGAGAAGUUGCGAGUACGACAAAGCAAGCUCGAUAAGAAGGUAAAACAAAUCCAUACCUGGAGGAAGGUCUCAAGUGUGAUAUUUGCGGCUACAGUUGCUGCUGUGUUGAUCUGCUCAGUUGUGGCUGCAGCAAUUGCUACUCCACAUGUUGCAGCUGCUCUAGCUGCUGUUACUGCAAUCCCAAUAGGUUCAAUGGGAAAGUGGAUUGACUCCUUGUUGAAGAACUAUGAAAAUGCUAUGAAAGGACAUAAGGAAGUAGCCAUCUCUAUGCAAGUUGGCGCCUAUGUUGCUAUAAAGGACUUGGACAACAUUCGGGUUCUCAUUGAUCGGCUGGAAGUUGAAAUCGAGUCUCUAUUUCAGAAUGUGGAAUUUGCCCUUGAGGAAGAAGCUGUGAAGGUUGCAAUAGAGGAGAUCAAGAAGAAGUUGGGAGUUUUUAUGAAGAAUGUUGAAGAUUUAGGAUUACAAGCUGAUACGUGUAGCCGAGACAUUAUAAGGGCUAGGACUGUGGUUCUACAAAAAAUCAUAAAGCUUCCCCACACCUGAAGAUGUUAUUCGGUGUUGUCAACCAGUUUCAUGUAAUUGUUGCUUCUAGGAGAAUUCAUCUGUUCUUUUCCUGUUUCUGAUGAAAUUUUAUGAUUCAGUUAUCAUUGAUUCAUGAAAACUUGGGUUUAUGUUGUAAAUAAUUGGAAAUUACUGACUUAUAGUCCUUUGGUAUGUGUAAGAAGCUAAAACUUAUUCUUUUGAGACAAUAGAGUACCAAUGUAUGCAUUUGUUUUUUUUGGUGAGAUAG